AUGGACGCCUUCCCGAUCGACAAGAUCCUGAUCUCCGGCGCCACCCUCGCCUCCCUCCUCCACCGCUCCUCCUCCUCCGCCGGCGACAUUCACGGCUACCUCUUCGGCCAUGCCGCCGUCACCACCUCCAACCCCCUCUCCGACCACCCGACCGCCGACUCCGACGCCGCCGCCGCCUCCCUCCUCACCGCCACCGUCACCUCCUUCCUCUCACUCCCCUCCCACCUCCCCCUCCCAUCCCCCGCCGCCGCAGCCGACUCCUCCCCCGCCCCCCUCAUCGGCUCCUUCUCCGCCCGUCGGAAAACCCCCCUCCGCCCCUCCAUGAAAGACACCGCCGCCGCCGCCUCCCUCCACGGAGACCCCUCCCUCGCCCACACCCCUCAGAACUCCACCAUCUCCCUCGCCCCAUCCCUUUUCCUCCUCAUAACGACGCCGUUUCAGGACCAGCUGAUCCACACCCACGAGUACAGAGCCUUUCAGUAUAAAGGCGGCACCUUUGAGCCCAAAACCCUUCAAAUUGUCAAUCUCGGGCCCUCGUUCAGGUCCCAAUACGAUUCUUUUAGCCCUAGCGCGGCUUACACGGGCGAGCUCGAGGAUUUGUAUGAUAAAAUGCUGGCUAAGAUUGAUGGGCUGUCAAGAUUGGUUGAGCAGACAAAUGCCAAAGUUCAAGAGCAGGAGAAUCAUAAUAUGAAAUUGAGGUGUAGAGUUGCAGGUUUGGAAUAA